CCCGUUCCCGGAAACCUCACCCAAAUCCAAAGCAAAGCCAAGACACGUUUCAUUUCAUCAUUUGGCUCACUCGCUCACUCACCUGUCUGUCCAUCGCUCUAGCUCAGCUCCCAGUGAUAGCUGCACCAAGAGCUGGGAGAGGAAGGUUGUAGACGAUGGGGAAGCUCUGGACGAUCCUCACUCACCUCCACUCCCUCGCAGGGCCAACGGUCAUGCUCCUGUACCCCCUGUACGCGUCGGUGCAGGCGAUGGAGAGCCCGUCGAAGCUUGACGACGAGCAGUGGCUCGCCUACUGGAUCCUCUACUCCUUCAUCACGCUCAUGGAGAUGGUGCUCGAGUCCCUCAUCUACUGGAUCCCGAUUUGGUACGAGCUGAAGCUGCUGUUCAUCGCGUGGCUGGUGCUCCCCAACUUCAGGGGCGCGGCCUUCAUCUACGACAAGUUCGUCAGGGAGCAGCUCCGGAAGCACGGCCUCACCGCCGGCGGCGGCAAGGUCAAGAAGGACGACAAGUCGCCCUCGUCUUCUCCCAAGGACAAGGAGAAGCCCAAGAGCAAGUUCCUUGCCUUCGUCACCCCCAAGAAGGAUCACGAAGCUUACUGAAGCAUGCCGGACGGUGCGGUGACCUCAUCCCGGCGGCUUGUCGAUGCAGAGCCUCCUGUAGUGUUUCUGGUGUCUAGUUGAGUUUGUUCAUGCUCGUCACUUAAAAUAGAGCCGAUCGAUGUAUAUGGUGAUCCUGUAUGUGUGAACAUCUAGCAGAAAUAUUGAAUGGAGACCAGAGCAAACUUUCCGUGUUGAUCAUGUGAAUGUGACUCGAGAUCUGACAAAAAGUCAAUACAAUGUUCUGGGACAGGUUUUCCUGUCUGAAUAA